AAAAAACAAAAAUACAAAAAUAAAAAAAAAAUAAGAAAAAAUAGAACGACAAAUCGAAAAAAGUUGAAAAAUUCUGCACAAAUGUCCCGAAAAUGUAUUUCUAGUAAUUGAGCUCAUUUCACAACUAGCCAAGAGAGGAACUGAAGUCGAUUCGACUCUUCGAGUGUAUAGCUAAUUGAAAAUAUGCAAAUCAAGGAACUGGCAUUGGAUAUAGAGAAUACGGCGAUACCGAAGCACGGAAGACAGGAGACGAGUUGGUCCGACUAUGUUGAGUGCAGCAAGUACUUCAGCGGAUUCAAAGGUCGCAGCCAGUCGACGCCCUGUAUGCCGAUAAGGAAGCGAGAGAGAGAAGCGUCUACCACGUCCACUCCGGCCGUUCCCAAUCUGAGCUUGGCCUGGCAAUUGGCCUGCAGUCCGGCCACCGAAGCCGUCAAGCGAAUGGCCCACAGCGGCGAGCUGGCGCCCGGCAAGGCGGACGCUGACAAGCCGCAGGCCGAUCCGAGGCCAAAGAAGCUGAGGCAGUCGAGCAUGAGCCCAAAUUUAAAGGAUGCGCCCAAAAUUCUGGUCGUGAAUGCGAACCUGUUGCGCGACUAUUGGAGCCAGAAGUCGGGUGAUGCGCGCAGCGAUGAGCGGAAGCGAGCGUCGGAGGAGCUCGACAAGGAGGCCACGCCGCCCAAGAAGACGGAGCUGAAGAUCAAGAAUCCCUACGUUGUGCCGCUCUGCUACCGGCCCACCCGCAUCAUGGGCCCCAAAUUCAGUCUGGAGCGGCAGCAGCAGCUGCAGCAGCAGCAACAGCAGCAGCAGCAGCAGCAACUCAUGCAACAGCAGCAGCAUCAGCUGCAGCUCCGCAGCCGCUACUCCAAGCCCCUGCAGCAUGUGGCACGACUCGCCCAGUACCAGAUCGAACAUUGCCCCAAAUAUGCUGUGCCCCGGGAGUCCCUCUACAGCAAUCCCAAGCGGGGCAGUCGCUACUGCGGCAACUUCUACUACAACUAGGCGGCCUUCAGAGGCGACAUCUGGAGCCACGGACCUGGUUGCUGCCGUUGGCUGUGUGGUUGCUGCUGUGCAGCUAGCUGUUAAAUAUUUCCUGCCGUCUCGAUAUAUUUUUAUUUGUUACAUAUCAUAAU